AUGAGCCUCUUCGCCUACGCCUAUGACAGCUUCGGCCUAAUCAUCAACACAGAGAAGACGGUGGUUAUGUAUCAACCGCCACCCGACGCUGCCUACGUUGCACCCCAAAUCAGCGUGAACGGCACCCAACUGUUAGCCGUGGAUGACUUCACUUACCUGGACAGCACCCCGCUCGAAACAUCAAAGUUGACGAGGAAGUGGCCCUGUAGCCCCCGCCGUCUCGCGCCUACACGUCUUGCUGCCGCCAAGGCCGAAUUCGUGCACAUGCUUCAAAUGGGCAUCAUCCGUCAGUCUGAAAGCCCAUGGGCCUCACCCCUCCACAUGGUUCCAAAGGCCGCCACUGGUGACUGGCGCCCCUGCGGUGAUUACAGGGCCCUGAACAGCGUUACUGUCCCGGACCGCUACCCUGUCCCACAUCUUCAGGAUUUUGCCGGUGCCCUAUUCGGCAAGUCUGCAUUCUCGAAGAUCGAUCUGGUCCGUGCUUUCCACCAAAUUCCCAUAACCCCAGAGGACGUUUCGAAGACUGCCGUUACCACCCCCUUUGGCCUUUUUGAGUUCCUGCGCAUGCCGUUUGGACUUCGCAACGCCUCCCAAACCUUUCAAAGGUUCGUAGACAGAGUGCUUCGCGGCCUACCAUUUGUCUACGCCUAUAUCGACGACCUUCUGGUAGCCAGCUCCACCGCCGAAGAACACAUGGAGCAUCUGACAACGGUGUUUGACCGCCUCCAACAAUUUGGCGUUGUUCUCAACCCGUCAAAGUGCGUCCUCGGUGUGUCCUCCCUAGAAUUUCUCGGUCAUCUGGUCGACUCUCACGGCAUUCGGCCUCUUCCCUCAAAGGUUGCCGCCAUUCGGGACUUUCCAUCCCCUACCUCGAAGCGUCAGUUGCAACGGUUUCUUGGUCUGGUGAACUUUUAUCGCCGGUUUCUCCCAAACUGUGCCGACACCAUCCUACCUCUGACCAAUCUCCUCUCUGGUUCUAAGCGCACCUUUGAACUUACAUCAGCCGCACUCACGUCAUUUGAGCAGGUAAAAGCCCUUCUGGCUGAUGCCACCCUCCUGACUCACUUUCACGCUGAUGCACCCAUAUCUUUGAUGGUCGAUGCCUCCAAUGUUGCUGUUGGCGCGGUUCUUCAACAAAGUCUGCCGGAUUCUACCGUGCCUUUGGCUUUCUUCUCCAAGAAACUAUCCAAGGCCGAAACUCGCUACAGCACAUUCGGACGUGAACUUCUCGCCGCUUAUCUUGCCGUAAGGCACUUCCGGCACUUACCCGAAGGUCGAGAGUUCACAAUUUUCACUGAUCAUAAGCCACUCACGUUUGCAAUACAUUCCCACUCUGACAAGCUAAGCCCCCGGGAGAUCCGUCACCUGGACUACAUUUUGCAGUUCACUUCAGACAUCCGCCAUAUUGACGGGUCACGGAAUGAGGUGGCUGACGCACUCUCAAGGCCCUCCAUUGCUCAUCUUCAGCUUUCACCCGGGAUAGACCUCGCUGAGAUGGCCGCUGAACAACGCCGUGUCUGUCCACCCUGUGAUGAGGAUGUUUCCGGACUCCAACUUCAGGAGCUACCACUGACAACUGGCAACGGCACUAUUCUAUGCGACGUAUCCACCCCAUUCCAUCGUCCAUUUGUGCCCCCAUCCCUCCGCCGUAAAGUUUUCUCCUCCCUGCACAAUCUCUCUCACCCUGGGAGUCGAGCAACCGACAAGCUGGUUUCCGACCGCUUCCUCUGGCCUGGUAUGCACAAGGACCUGAAAGCAUGGACACGGGCGUGUCUCGGCUGUCAACGGAAUAAGGUCCGACGGCAAAACAAAACUCCCAUUGGCUUCUUCCCUACCCCGGACGCACGGUUCAGUCAUAUCCAUCUGGACAUCGUAGGCCCCCUGCCUCUGUCCAAUGGCUGCUUUUAUCUCCUUACCUGCGUGGAUCGAUUCACCCGGUGGCCGGAAGCUAUUCCACUACCUGAUGUCGCAGCUCCAACGGUCGUCAAGGCUUUCCUCAGUCGUUGGGUUGCCAUUUUUGGUGCUCCCUCCAUUAUCACGACUGACCGUGGUGCCCGAUUUGAAUCUCACCUCUUCCAGUCUUUACUCUCAUUUUUAGGCUGUACUCGCAUCCGCACUACAGCCUAUCAUCCAGCAGCCAACGGGAUGGUCGAGCGGUUUCACCGUCAGCUGAAGGCCUCCCUACGCGCCGCAGACGAUCCGGAGAACUGGACAGACCACCUCCCCCUAGUCCUCUUGGGCAUUCGCUCCUCCCUCAAGUCGGACCUUGAUUGUUCUGCCGCUGAACUCGUGUUCGGUGCCACCGUCCGACUUCCCGGUCAGAUGAUCUCGCCAACCCCGCGAGUUGCAGUUGAGGAUCCCACCAACCUCCUGCAUCGCCUCCGGCAAUUCUUGUGGACACUUUCUCCGUUUCCGCCCAGGCCUUCUGUCUCCGAAUCUUACCUCGAGAAAGAUUUGGCGACAUGCUCUCACGUCUAUCUCCGAUGUGAUCGAGUCCGCCGGCCCCUGGAACCACCCUACGAUGGCCCCUUCCGAGUUAUCUCUCGUGGGACGAAGAACUUCCGCAUCCAAAGCGGCACUCGCGAGGAGGUCGUGAGCGUGGACCGUCUCAAAGCUGCCGUCCCGGACACUCCUCCGGAUGAGCCCUGUGGUCCCCUACCCCCUGCUCCGCCUCCCCGACCCUCUAUUCCACCGUCCCGUAUACUUCCUUUGCCCCCAUGUCCACAACCCACAACUGCAACUACUCCUUCAUCAACCAACAACACUGUAACCGCGAGCCAUACUCACUCUACUCCUGUGCCCCCUGUAUAUAUCACCCGUAGUGGACGCCAUGUUCACUUUCCUGACCGUUUCGUUACUCAUGUUUUUUUAGACAUCAACAGUUCCUUCGGUAUCGCUACGCGCCACCUUCGGUCUAGCCGGGGGGUACUGUAGCAGUUCGCGUCUCCUCGCUUUCCGUCUUUGUCACGCUGCCCUCCUGUCCGCCUCACACUCCUUGUCGAUGCGUUGAUGGGAUGCGCGAGUGCUCGAAGCCAAUCAACGCUGCCCCCACUCUGAUUGGCUGGCGAGAUUGAGACAACGAAGGGCGCACACACGCGCACAACAACUCCUCGAAGGCGGACACAGACAACAGCUUGCUUGGAGCGCGCUUGCGGCGAUUGCCCACUCAGCCUUUGUGUACACGCUUUCCAAGCAGUAAAGUUUGUCCAACUCAAACUGUCUUCCCUGACUUUUGAUUGGGAAUCUUUAUCUUGUCGACCGCACAACCUUCGACAGCCCGUCGGAUUUCCAAAACCAACCAAGCGUUUGGACGUCUGCAAAACACAGUUUGCAAUCGACCCGAUCUCCACGUCAUCAUAAAACUGACAAUGUAAAAAGCGGCAAUCCCGACGACAUUGCUGUAUUGAGCAGAGACUUGGACGGUAUGCAAGAAGCAGGCACAACGAUUCAAGCAUGUACACUUCAGCUGUCUCCGACGAAUGUUGCAGCUGAGGUGGCAGGACCGGAUCCCGGACACGGAUGUACGGAAACGGACGGGAAUCCUUAGUACCCACGCCAUGCUGAGACAACUGCAAUUGCGCUGGAGUGGCCACCUCGUACGCAUAACCAACGAGUGGCUACCCAAACGCCUCUUCCAUUGAGAUAUCGCCACGGGUUUCCGCCGAUAAGGUCAAGUCCGGCGCUACAAGAAUACCCCGAAGACCUCCCUUAAGCGCCUGCGAAUCAACUCAGCCAACUGAGAAGACCGCGCUGUGGAGGGCGGUAAAGACCGGUGAGACAGUCAAGGAAGCCAACCGCACCACCGUCGUCAAAGCCAAACGCAAGGCCCGCAAAUCGCAAUUGCGUCCACCUUUCAGCUCUAAGCAUCAACUGCUCCCGACCUGCCCACGAUGUCAACGGACGUUUCGGUCACCAAUCAUACUUGUUGGACCCCUUCGUACCCACUUCAGCACACAGCCGACAUCAGCCGGUGUCCCCCGUCCACCUCUGCCUUGCUCUCCAAGUUAAAAAUCAACAUUGACCGCACUCCUAGACCCUCACUGCCAUCUGCCUCCUCCUUCUCCACCGCGUCAACAUCCGCUGCGGCAAGCCUGCACAUACCACCACUGCGCACAAUCCGUACACACUAACAAACAUAAACCUCCCCACUGUCAACGCCAGCGAUGUGGACUCGGUCCAUACCUGCCCUCAUUGCGACCGCACCUUUAUCUCACGCACCGGCAAUAGUCGGUCACUUGCGGAUCAAUCACAAAGAUACUGACGAGCCAGUGCCUAGAGCACCAACCUACACUCACCGCAUUCGCCUCCACUGUACACAUUUCCCCCGCACGUUCGCUCACUGCAUGGGCCUAUUCGGUCACACGCGUAUCCACGAGAGCGGGAUUGACCGCAGUCUCAACACGCAUUGCACCUUUUGCCCAUCCAACAUGCCUAGCUGAGCUCCCACCCCGCCGCCCAACACGCUCAGCACCUCUUGCGCAGACACCGUGCCAAACCCAGCACACAUCCCAUUGCCCAGCACGUCCACCACCAGCAGCUCCACCACUGUCACCAUUACUGAAACCGAUUCUGACACCACCGAAGUUUCCUGUCCAAACCGUCCCGUUCAUUCACCUUAAAAAUCAGCCUGGUCAGUCACUUGCAAAUCCAUCGCACAGAGACUGGCGAACCAGUACCUGGAGCACCACCAUAUACCUCGACUACCCUCACUGCACCCGCACAUUUACCCAUAGCAUGGGCCUGCCAGGCCACCUGCGCAUUCAAGAAAGCCUGUAGUAGACGACCGCGGACUACACCACACCAUAACAUCUACCCCCACCUAAACCACACAACAUCAUCCACCACAAGCAUCCAAUUAUCACCUAUCACGCAAUUGGGAAGUGUGCGUCUCGGCUCCGUCUCUACGCUGCUUUUUGCCGCAUGUGAGAUUCGAAUCUAAUACUAUCACGGGGCAUCAAGCACCGUGGCUUGGAAGGUUGCCGACAGACGCCCCAGCUCAGUCCACACUGUCUGCCCAGUUGUCUGAGUGUUCGUGUGGAGUGGCAGACUGGUGGACCGAGAGCCAGUCUGAAGCGGCUCCUUCUUAACGUAACCUAUGGCACUCUCACGAAUGUGAGAUAUACAGCCCCCGUUGUGUGAAAUCCUGGUGCUUGUGUUUGGGAGCCAGGCCGUGCAUGUGGCGCGCGCAGACAAGGUCACUGGAUAUGUCGGCCACCGCGGCCACCCCCGCACAUGCCAACUGAUCGGUUCGAAUGGUGACUGGGACCUGGAAAUGGGAAGUGAGAGUGAGGUCGACGACUCAGCGAAUUCCCCUCGCUAUCAACAAUCUGACGCGCUUGAAGCUACCACGUUGCCUUAAUAGCCGUUGCUUCGAAACUUGCCAAUUGACGGGAUAACUUGGACCUCGUAGUCAGUCUAGUGUUGUGUGUUUGUGUGAGACGGCCGACUGGUGGUCUAAGAGUUCGGCAGCAGUGACUUCCUCUCAAUGUGGCCUUUAUGCCACUUCCACUUCGUGGAAUCCGAGCAACGUGUGACGGCACACCUAGGUGCGAGCUUGGCGCGCCAGCCCCUUCUAUUUUUGCUGGUUAAAUCCUGGUCAUUUAAUAUUUGGACCAGGGGAUGUGAAGCGGAGCGCCAAGGUGCGGGAUCGGCCGUGUCAUCCACCUGUGCCCGCUCCCCCCUCCGGUCUAUUUGACUCUGUCUUGACACCGGGUCCAGGGAGGAGAAGAGAAAAGAGUGCGCUAGAUGCUACACAAGUCUACAUUCUUUAUAAACUAAAUCACGCGCAUGUCACCGUGCCUGCUUCACCUUACUGUGGAACACACGGUAGACAUAAGCGGAUGCGAUGGUCUAACCGUCAGUGCCUCUCGGUUUAUGACUGAGUGGGUGCCCGACCUUUGAAGGGUUAUGGCCCAGGCUAGAUCAGGGUUGCGUCUCACUUUGCUUGCUUUGAAGACAGUGUACGCGCAUGACAAGAACCGACCAUGGAUAGCGGGUUUUGAACAACUCCAAGCUUCUGUACAGUUCUUUUCUCGUCUAAAACGUGAAUGGGCCACAUGACCCAUUGUUACAAGGACGACAUAAGAGGGUAAGUACUGAAAUUAAAGGAAGACUGGGUUUACUAUCAAUGUGGCUAUUGAAGAAGGAGACACGAUCGCCGGGACAAGAGGUUUAUUUGCCUGACGUUUCGGAUUCCUACUCGAAUCCAUCAUCAGAGACAAAAGAGCAGAAACGGGUGGUUGUUGCACAACACCCGUUUCUGCUCUUUUGUCUCUGAUGAUGGAUUCGAGUAGGAAUCCGAAACGUCAGGCGAAUAAAGCUCUUGUCCCGGCGAUCGUGUCUCCUUCUUCAAGACUACUUCCUGGGACUCGGCUCUUCGCUUCUAUUGGCAAUGUGACUAUUGGGUGACUUUCAAUGUACUAUAAUUAUACUGGCGUAGGCAGAUUUAUUUAUUUAACUAGUGGUAAUCUUGGUGGCCACUGUCUAUGUGCCGGAACAAGUGUUAAUAAAUACAAGUGACAUUUUAACUCCUAUGCGUGCUGCUUUUCUGAAAGUUGCGUGCCGUCUUUUUCGGUCAGCGUGCGAAAGUGCUAACUUAUGGAAGCCAAUUAAACUGCUAACUUUCCCUGAUACGCGAUUAUGUGGUUCGGCUAAAUUUGGAUGUGACCAGGUGGACAUGGAGUAACAUAACGACUGUUUGAUGAAAUUCAAGAUCACGUAGAAGGUGUUUACACAAUACGCGAAGUUCAUUCAGAGACAGUCCUACUUUUGGAUAAGGAAACUGAGCAGGACUGCAACGCUAUCGGAGGGCUCUUUAGAACUGUGGAGGCGCGAAUUUUCACGCUAACAGCAAUGAUGGUUUAAGUUAAGGAAAUGCUGAUUACAGGAGAGUGAACUUACCUAAAAUCUAGUAGAACUACCUUUCUUAUUUUAGGCGAAUAGAAGCAGACACAGUAAUUGUGAGUAGGAACUCGAUCAACUUCACCGCAUUUUCAUUCGAACUUCUGAUCCACCAUGCAAGUAAACAGGAGCCGCCGAGUGGCCGCAGACGGCCUUGAAAUAGUAGACCAAAAACAGGCCAAGCUUUGUCCAGUUUUUUUUGUGUGUCAGUGCCAUAACAAACGGGAUCUCGCAUUUACCAAGACAAGAUUCGAGUCCCCUGUAAGAAACUCAGUGUUGACUUGAAAACGCGCUUCUUUCUAACGUCAGGUGGCAAAGUCAUAAGUGAAUUUGCGGUUCAAGUAAACCCAUUCUAACAGGUCACUGUCAUUACCAAGAACAAACUUUUCUCACCCAUACAUGUUUCCAUCCCCCCCCACUGGGCAAAAUCUUUGCGUGUUAUGCAUUAGGCUUGCUCGAACACACUUUGCAUACUGUUCGUUAGCGUUUUCUCUAGAUCUCUUACAUAAAAUGUAAAUUUUGAAAGUUAGUAACCCAGCCACUGAGUUUGUUAUUUUUAUUUAUAAUCUUAACCAACAGAAAAGGUAGAAUAAAUUCACACUCCUCACGUUAUAGUACAGGCAGCGAUUCGCCAAACUUGCAAUGAACUAAGGCAAUCAGUUAGUUAGGUGAUGUGGAAAAGUAUUCGUUUUUCCUUCUUGCCAUGCUUACAAAAUUUACGAGCACCUCUGAAAGCUGAUCAAACCUCGAAGUAACCCGUCAGUUAGACAAAUGCGUUUUUCGUGGCCCAUCCUUAAACGCCAUAACAGACCACCUGAGGAAGUUCCUCUAGCCUGAAGCAUUCAAUUUAGCUAAAAAGCGUCUUAGCUCAUUGAUCCAGAUGAGGCAAGUAAUCGAGAUAUGUGAAAACUUGACCUUAGGUAAUAACCAUUCUGUAUGUUCGCAACCUAAGUUCACUAUUACCACCGUGGCCGCGUACGCCACUUCCCCGCUGUUUGUAUGUGAGUUCUGUCAUUAUGCAUAAGUAAAUGUUCGUCUUUCAGAAGACUUUCAUAACUGACACAUGUUUUUGUAACAUUUCCACGUUUUAACUCUCUUUUCCGUGUUAAUGUCCUGUAUUUACGCAAUUUUUUUCAUAAUUUACCAUCUAAUUCUAUUGUCAAAAUCUCAGUUUUCCUCCCUUUAGUUCUCAACUGCUCGCGGUGCAAGUGCUGACGCUACUGUUCCAUCGUUUUUAGCUGCUGUAGGCUGCCCUUCUGUAAGGUGCGAUGUCCCCUAAAACUCACUUCUUAUAUUGCACUGAGCGCUCUACUGUUUGGCAUGCCUUUAAUGCUUGUACCUGUUUUCUCAAGUCGGAAAUUGCCGGAUAAUCCCUACACAUUUAAAUCUGACGUAUUAACUGACUGGUCGGAAGUAGAAUAUUCUUUGAAGUAGAGUUUUGGUUGAAGCUUGUCAACCCAUAAAUACUGCGGAGACUUUUUACAAGGCUGCACUGAAGUGUGUAGGAAAAAUGCACGAUGUGUAGGGUUAGAGAGUAAGGUGAGGAAUACUUGCACCAUUGCAAGUAUGGUAAAAGCAUAGCAAAGGGCCCCAGCAAACAACGCUUAAUAUCAGAACCGGAAGCAUCUGAUGAGCGAUUUGAAAUUUUAAUGUGAAUACAGACGGUCUAGCAAACCUGCCGAAAACGUGCACAGGCCAAAAAUGGGUAUGAAAAAGGGGAAACAGUACAGAUAAUGUGUAGAACUGCUUUUGUUUGUAAGGAUGCGAAGUAAGUGCGGCAGUCGGCUCCCAGGAUCUCUGCCGCUUUGUCACGCUGCCCUUCUGUUCGCCUCACCCUGUCGAUUCGCUGCUGGGAUCGCGAGGGCUCGAAGCCAAUCAAUCCUGCUCAUUCGCUGACUGACUGUAGGCGGACACAACUCGGGCAGAGCCAAGGCCCACAUGUGCUGUGGGCCAAGAACCUCAGCAGUGGACAAUGACGCGACAGAUCGAUCGUCGUUGCCGACUAUAUCCACCGUGUGCUUCACACCAAGGUGAAGCAGACACGGUGACUUGUGCGUGAAUCAGUUUUAUAGUAAACGUAUACUUGUACAGCAUCUACUGCACUCUCUCCCCCUCCUCUCCUACCUGGACCGGGUGUCGAGACAGAGUCAAGGAGACCGGAGACGGAGGAGGGCACCGGUGGAUGGCGCGGUCAAGCCCGCACUUUGGCGUUACACUCCAGCAAAUAGACAGAUUUUUGACCAGCAACAACCAUGGGGGGCGGAAGGGGUCCCAAUGUGCGCGACGUCAGUCGGCAACCGGGCCCGUCACCGCAUCCCGAAAUAUUGACAUUUGUAAUGGUGCGCAAUCCGAUAACGCCUGCCGGAAUCCGAUAUGGCCUCCGUGUUAAUCCAGCGCAUCUACCUUGUGGUCCGUUUUGGGUGCGUGGACACUGACUCAUACACAUCUGAAGAAACAGCUGACGGCAAAUGCUUGCUGAGCCUCCUGUACGAUCUUUGGUAGCAGUAAAGCUUGUCCAACCCAAUCCGACCUCCCUAGCUUGUGACUGAGGAAUCUUCGUGCUGUCGACCACUGGGAAGUCUCGCAUCCGCUCUCCGAUUCGACAGAGGCACCUGAUGUAUAUGCAGCUGUAAUUAGGGUUAAAGAGUGAUGUUUGUCGCUGCUUCCGGACUGUUGGGUACAUCAAGGAAGUUAUUUACCAUCAACGGGUUUUCCUUUCCUCGGCUAUAUUGACUUUUAGAUGAAAGAAAGAUUUUCGGGAAUACGAAACACGUACGUGAGGUGGCUGCCCAAACGCAACAUCUGUCAGUGAGAUACUGCAUGAACGUUUUCUGUUUGGGUCGUGAGUGCGCACAUGACUUAUGUCGUUUACAGCGGUCCCACGGAGUUGGAGAGUAUGGCCGUGUUUUGGGGAGGAUUGACCUGUACAUCAUUAAGUCUAGAACUUAUAUUGUAGGUUUGCAUAAAACCGGUACAAACCCUUGCUGUGCAAGAGUAUGGUAGAUUACUCCUUUCUAGGCCAACUUCACUCGAUACGUUUAGAAGAGACCGAUUAAAUUUUUAUGCUGGAGACCCGAAAGUUCACAAAACCUAGACGUGAUGAACUAUGUGUAGGGCCUACGCAUGUGAGCAGCAUGCAAAUUACGGUCGAAAAUCGGUUGGUGAGACGUCGCGCAACUUUUUUUCGGGAAUGUCAUAAAAAGUUCUCUUCUUGGAGAAGAGAUCUUAGCAUUGUGGCGGUCAAGGAUAUGAGAUCAACUUAAACCACGAACAAUAAUUUGGUUUCGUCUUAUGUCAGAAUUGAGGGAGCUGUGAGGACUAGUUUAUUCUGUACACAGGGGGGGUGUAGGGGUGUCAGCAGUGGGUUCACGUAAUGGUCGUGGUGGUCGCUCACUUGCUUGCAGGUGAGACUGCACCUAGCGUCCACUUGCUGGCACUCAACUCUCACAUGUGGAUCCACGUAGCUGGACUCUGCUCAGCGGCCACACCCCGGGCAACCGUCUCGACCGGCGGGCUAAACCAGGUGAGGGGGCCCUGUGCGCUGUGCCGUGUGCACAGGGUUUGCGGAUUCCGCUGGAUGGAAGGUCGGAUGGAACCUUGCGUCGGCACCGUCGUGGCGUGGUUCGUCUCUGCACGCCGCUCGACAGCCGGUGACGGGAUUGAUCUCCACAUCGACAUCGCCUUGACGCGCCCACCUACACCGUCGGAGACCGCGGCUUACGGCGAAGUCGAGUCGCUCUCCACUACAACCCGAAGUCGUGGUCCCAUAGUGGAGUUCGGCCGUGCCACAACGGCAUAUGGCAGCCCUAUUCAGGGAUGGCACUGCUAGCCCCCACGAGGGGAAGGGCCUAGAAAAGGUGGCCUAAACAUUGUUGGGUACCACGCCGUCUCCAGGCUAGCCAGGGCCGCAGACGUCUUAUCAUGGUCGAAACAAUCAAAAUCGAAACAACAACAAUACCAAUAACAACAACAACAACCAUACUCAUUCUCCUCAUCCUACCUCUUCUUCCUCUUCCUCUGCCUAUUCUUCUGCCUAUUCUUCGCCUCCGUCACCUUCUUCUCCAUCUCCUUCCCGUCGCCCCACUCGUUGUCACCAGACUGGCAGGGUGAGCCCGCUCACUCUGGCAGCCUGGAAUGUUCGUUCCCUUUUAGACAAUCCGAGGAGCAACCGACCGAAACGGAGGACGGCGCUAGUGGCACGAGAACUGGCCCGCUACAAGGUGGACAUCACCGCACUCAGCGAGACCCGUUUCUCCGAACAAGGCCAACUGGAGGAGGUAGGUGCCGGCUACACCUUCUUCUGGAGCGGUCGACCCAGGGCAGAGCGACGGGACGUGGGUGUCGCCUUCGCCAUUCGGAACGACAUCGUGGGACGACUGCCCUGUUUGCCGCAGGGCAUCAACGAUCGCCUGAUGAGCCUCCGCUUGCCUCUCUGGGGAGGCAAAUUUGCCACCAUCAUCAGCGCCUACGCUCCGACGAUGACCAACCCCGACGCCAUCAGAGACAAAUUCUACGAGGACCUGCACGCCCUCUUGGCGACUGUGUCGAAGGUGGACAAGUUGAUUGUCCUUGGUGACUUCAACGCCCGCGUCGGCACAGACCAUACUGCCUGGAGAGGAGUGCUGGGUCCCCACGGUCUCCGCGACUCAAACGACAAUGGUCUGCUGCUUCUCCGCACCUGCGCAGGACACCGCCUCAUCCUGAUGAACACGUUCUUCUGUCUGCCGGAGCGAGAGAAGGCCACCUGGAGGCAUCCUCGGUCGCGCCAGUGGCACCUGCUGGACUAUGUCCUCGUCCGGAGGCGAGAUCAGCGGGACGUACUGGUGACGAAGGCGAUCGCGGGUGUUGAUGGGUGGACCGACCAUCGCCUCGUCAUCUCGAAGAUGCGUAUUCGCCAACAGCCUCGCAGGAGACCACAAGGUAAGCGACCCCCAGGUAAGCUGAAUGUUGCCUUGUUGUCUUUGCCCGCUCACCACCUUCAUUUCAGCAAUGAGCUAGCUCAACGGCUAGACAACCUUCCUAUCGCUGCCGACGCCGCCGCUGCCGAGAACGCCUCCGUGGAGAACCGCUGGUGUCAUCUGCGAGACACGGUCCAGUCGACGGCGCUGGCCGUCCUCGGUUGCGCACGCCGGCAACACCAGGACUGGUUCGACGACAACGACGCCGCCAUCAGAAAUCUGCUAGCUGAGAAGAACCGCCUACACAAAGCCUACGUAGAUCACCCCACUGAUGCCACCAAAGCUGCCUUCUACCGCAGUCGCCGCCAACUUCAGCAACGACUGCGCGAGAUGCAGGACGCCUGGACUGCUCGCAAAGCUGAGGAGAUCCAAGGGUACGCGAACAGCAACGAAUGGAAGAACUUCUUCUCUGCGAUCAAAGCUGUCUACGGUCCGCCGACGAAGGGCACCGCUCCUCUCCUCAGCGCCGACGGCAACAGUCUCCUGACCGAGAAGACGCAAACCCUGCAGCGAUGGGCCGAGCAUUUCCGAGGCGUCCUCAACCGCCCCUCCGUCAUCUCCGACGCCGCCAUCGAGCGUUUGCCACAAGUGGAGACCAACGUGGACCUCGACCUCCCGCCAUCUCUCCAGGAAACCAUCAGGGCCGUGCAGCAGCUCUCCAGCGGGAAAGCACCCGGAUCGGACGCGAUCCCUGCUGAGGUCUACAAACAAGGAGGUCCCCAACUGAUGGGUCAUCUGACUGCGCUCUUCCAAGAGAUGUGGCGUCAAGGUGAAGUCCCGCAAAAUUUCAAAGACGCAACCAUCGUGCAUCUCUACAAGCGCAAAGGGAAUCGCCAAGUCUGCGACAAUCACCGCGGCAUCUCCCUGCUGAACAUCGCCGGGAAGAUCUUCGCACGAAUCCUCCUCAACCGCCUCAAUAACCAUCUGGAACAGGGCCUUCUGCCGGAAAGCCAAUGCGGCUUUCGUCGUCAUCGUGGGACCACGGAUAUGAUCUUCGCCGCCCGUCAACUUCAGGAGAAGUGUCAGGAGAUGCGGACCCACCUGUACUCUACCUUCGUGGAUCUGACGAAAGCCUUCGACACGGUGAAUCGUGAUGGACUGUGGAAGAUCGUGCAGAAAUUCGGUUGUCCGGAGUGA